AUGUCGUCCUCAAGACCAGCGGGCGCUCCGCCCGCUCUGCACAUCAGCCCACCCGGCACAGCAUACGCCAGCUCUACAUCAACAGGCGCCGCUCCACCACCCGUCCAGCGUCCCACCCACAACCGUGCCCGCUCUUCCUCACUUGUCUCGGUGACCCGUGUCGAAGAGACGCACGAAGAGAUGCUCGAUCAAGCCGCCGGCUUCAACGCCAACGCAGAUUGGGUCAACUACAAGGGUGCCUGGGUCAUCCACGUCGUUCUCAUCCUGCUCGCCAAGAUCCUCCUUGAUGUCAUCCCCGCCAUGCAGCAGGACACCUCCUGGACGCUCGUCAACCUCGGCUACAUGGCUUUGUCGUAUCUCAUGUUCCACUAUGUCACCGGCACACCUUUCGAGUCCAACGCAGGUGUCUACGACCAGCUUACACUGUGGGAACAGAUCGACGAGGGCGCGCAGUACACGCCGGCAAAGAAAUGGCUGACAUCAGUGCCCAUUGGAUUGUUCCUCGUCUCGACGCACUAUACGAGGUACAACCCGCUGCUAUUCGGCCUCAACUUUUCGGCUCUGCUCUUCGUGCUCUUCCCCAAACUGCCGCUUUUGCAUCGCCUGCGCAUCCAGUUCUUUGCACCACCGCCGACGCCGAGCCCGUAUCCUAGCGCACCACCUACACCCACCGGUUCGCGCGCUCCAAGCCAAGUGCUUUGA